AUGGCGUCCCUGGCAUGGAUCGUGCUGCUUCUCACCCUUUUGAGUCAUGUAAUUUCUGGCUUUCCUUCCGUCAAUUUAGACAAUAACAUUCCUGAUAUCAACGACACCCACACCCUUAAUGUUUCUUCUUCUGUUUACCCUUGGUUUGUGGCUCUUGAGCCCCGUAAAGACAAAUCUAAAGAUCCCGCUGACUUUGGCUGGAUCAAACGAUGGGUCGCACUGGGAGAGAGUUUCACAGCUGGCAUCGGGGCAGGCAAUCUAUAUAUUCAAAACACAUCGGACAAGAAGUGCUCCCGAUACGACCAUUCAUACCCUCCACUACUGGAGCAGGCUUUUGGCAAGCGAACUGAGCUCUUUCAAUACCUCGCAUACUCGGGAGACUGCAACGAGGACAUUUACGGUCAGAUCGAAAAGAUGGAGUGCAAUACGGAUUUCGUCGUCAUGACGGGAGGCAGAAACGACCUUUGUCUCCAGUCGAACAUCAUCAACUGCAUCUGUUUUCCGUUUCGGUCAGAGAGAGCCUGCGAGGAGAUCGUGCAUAAAGCGCAUAUCAAUCUCUUCGAGAUCUUGAAAGACAACGUCAUAGGGCUCCCCAAAGCGCUGAAACCCAAGGCGAAGGACGACGGUCUGCUGUUGUAUGUGCUGUAUGUGCAGUUUUUUAACACCAGACAAGAAGAACAAUGCGGCGUGGACCAAGACUGGACCUUCCCUGGCAUCGGUGUCGCGAGAGGGCUGCAGCUGACUCGACGAGUAGUAUUCAAUCGACUAGUCGAGAGAGCCAAUAUCAUGCUCGAAGCAGCCAUUAGGGACGCGCUCUACAAGGAGAACCCCAACUAUCGAGUCCAGGCAGUCGACUGGGACAUAUCGUCUCGUACGCUGCGAGGUCAGUUCUGCAUUCCUUUAACCGAAGGCGAGUAUCCCGAUCCCGCCCAGCCCAACUUGCAGUUCUUCAAACCAAUCACGAAGCGGGAAAUGAAGGAGUUGAAGAAGCGUGAACUUCCCAAGGAACUCGCCUCCGUCCUGAACAGCACCCUGACGCCGCACAACACACUCCUCGAACAGUCCGUCAACCAGGCGGCCGAGGCUGGGCACAAGCUUGACCCUUGCGCGCCCGAGCGCCCUUCCUGCCCUGGCGACGAUGGUGAUAUCAAGAUGGGUCUGGGCCUGCCCGACAGAUGGGGCAAAUUCUUCCAUCUGAGCCCGCAUGGCCAUGCGACCAUCGCCUCUUUCGUGAUGCUGGAGCUGUUCACAACACAGGCUCGCCAGCUGGGGGAGUUCACUCCACUGUGUUACACGUAUGACGAGUUCCGAUGCAGGAUGGACGGCUGGCCUAGGUACUACGCCACCGUGGAUAGGGUCCUGCAUAACCUGGAGAGGUUCUGCUAUACCGCCUCACACAUAGACGAAGAUAAUAGCCUCUAUCGUGUAGUGUACGACAACAAUACCCCGGAGCAGAUUGGUUUCGAGCUCCGUAUCAACCGGACGGAGUGGCAGCCAUUCAAUCAAGAGCAGUGCAUUGAGCCCUUUAGUCAGAUCAUCCACGGCUGCGAUAGCAACGACGAGGAAAACCCCAUGAACUUCAAAUAUAGUGGCCGCUGGAUCCGUGACAUGCAUGAAUACGAGCUAGCUAUGUAUGGUCGAUGCAGCCGGAACAAGAUACCGCUGCUGAAGCCCUCUAGUAUCUGCACCAUCAGAAAAACCGAAAGAGCCCAGAAUUUCACAGUGUGCGGCUUCGGCUUCGCCAGGUGGGAUCAUGAACGACUGACGGUCUUGGCCGGCAGUAAAGACAAAGUCAGGUACUUUGAGCUUCAGUACUACAACAACAUCAAUAUGGACGGUAUGGAGUGGAUAGCACAGUUCGAGCUGCCCCUGGAGACUAACCGUGCAUGCAUUAUGGUGCCUUCUAAUGCGGUGGGUGGUGAAAUCCCUUGUAGCCUUGUGAUCACUACAAAUAUCGAAUAUCAGGCAUACUCCUUUUCUUAA